AUGCAAGUAGUCCUUGUCAACAGUAUCAAAAUUAUAUCUGAAGCUAACCCGUCCUAGCCCUUCGGCUCUAUCCAGUCUUCCCUGUACUUGCUCGCGUCGCCCUCAAAGAUACGAAACUUCCUGUUGGUGGUGGAAAAAACCAGACAGAGCCUGUAUUUGUCCCCAGAGGAACCAACGUGAUCAUGAGCUAUUACGCCAUUCACCACGAUGCCAAUAUAUAUGGAGACGAUGUAGAGGAGUUCAUUCCUGGUCGCUGGGACCACAUUCAUCCGGAUCAAUACCAGUUUUUACCAUUUGGGGCGGGUCAGCGGGCAUGUCUUGGUCAACCUAAAGCACUGGUAGAAGCGGCAUAUGUUGUGGCCCGUUUAGCGGAGAGAUACGAAAUUCUGGAGUGUCGAGACAAGGAGCCGUGGGAGGGUGAAAUAAAGUUGACAUGUAAGAGUGCGAAUGGAUGUAAGGUCGCGUUUAGAAAGGAAUGA